AUGUAUGAACUAUUCUCAAGGUGUGAAAAGUAUAUCAACUUGGCUGAAGUUCUUGCGGUAGAAAGAGAAGACAAGAUUGAGAAGAGACCUCCGACGAGGAAGGAAGAAAUUCCACGGGAGGUCGGAGCAAAGCGUAACCGAGAUGACGAGGAUGGAAAGAAAGGAAAAGAUGAUAGAAAAGCUUGGAUACCUCGGGUCCCAGAAAGAGAAUCCGAACCAAAGUAUACCGCACUGACGCACACCCGGGCAUAUGUGUUAAAUGAAAUCAAGGAUCAGGUUGCACUGCGUUGGCUAGCCAAGAUGGUCAAACCAGCGUAUGAACGUAAUAAAAAUAAGUAUUGUCAUUUUCACCAAGAUCACGACCACAAUACUGAGGAGUGUAGACAGCUAAAAGACGAGAUAGAAGCACUUAUCCAAAGGGGACGUCUCAACCGAUUUGUUAAAAAGGAGGCGAACAAUCGAAAUAUGGAUUCCCGAGCUCGGGAACCCAAGGAAAGGUGCAAGUCAUCUCCCAAGGCAGAUAAAGAAGAACCCCUCCGAGGUAAGCCCCACAUUGAGAAUGCACCCUUGAGAGAGAUCACAACUAUAUUUGGUGGACCUGGUAUGGGAGGAAAAACCUCCAACUUUCGAAAGCAGCAUGCGCAGAAUGUACUCCAAACUGAGACUGCCAUUAAGAAGAGGAGGACCAGUUACCCGAUAACCUUUUUUGAUGAAGAUCUGAUAGAUAUCCAGAAGCAUCAUGACGAUGCUCUAGUGAUCAAGAUGGUAAUCACCAAUUGUAUGGUGGGGAGAAUCUUGGUUGAUAAUGGGAGCUCGGUUGAUGUCCUGUAUUAUGACGCGUUUGAAAAGAUGCUCUUGAAACCCUAG